AUGAGUCGUAGACCGUAUCCAGUGGGACCUGGUGUAAGCACAGGAGUAUAUGAUGAUGAGAAUGAUGGCCGUGCCACUGCGUUAGCUAAACAGAUUGGUGCAUUGAAACAGGUAUCUUUAGACAUUUCAGAUGAAUUGAUUUAUCAGCAAAAUCUAAUGGAUGACAUGCAUAACGAUUUUGAAAAAACGGGAGGAAUUCUAGGUCAGACUAUGCGUAGACUCAAGAUAAUGGCUCGAUCUCAAACUGGAGGCUGGAUGUGGAUGAUGAUGUUGUUUGUUUUUGGAGUGAUCUUUUACAUAUAUUGGUUCCGGUUAAAGUAA